GUUACCUUAUAAUGGUGGACUGCGCACAAUAUAUUAUUUCUUCAACUUAUUAACAAAUUUGUUCGAACCUUUUUACCAAUUCAUUGGAAUCGUUUUAUAUUAACAUGGAUAUACACGCAGGAGAGAAGCCAUACAAGUGUAAGGUCUGUGGGUCCGAUUUGUUCCGGAAAUCUCAUUUAAAGCGUCAUAUGAAAAUACAUACAGAAGAGAAACCAUACAAGUGUGAGAUAUGUUCGGCUAAUUUUGCUCUUAAAACUGAUUUAAAACGACACACGAGAAUACAUACAGGAGAGAAGCCGUACAUGUGUGAGACAUGUGAUGCUGCUUUCUCUCAGAAAGGUGAUUUACAGAAACAUAUAAAAAUGCACAUAAGAGAGAAGCCACACAAUUGUGAGAUAUGUGAUACUGCUUUCUCUCAGAAAAGUCCUUUACAAACACAUAUAAGAAUACACACAGGAGAGAAGCCAUACAAGUGUGAGAUAUGUUAUGCUGCUUUCUCUCAGAAACAUCAUUUACAAUCACAUAUUAGAAUACACACAGGCGAGAAGCCAUACAAGUGUGAGAUAUGUGAUGCUGCUUUCUCUCAGAAAAGUCCUUUACAAACACAUAUAAGAAUACACACAGGAGAGAAGCCAUACAAGUGUGAGAUAUGUUAUGCUGCUUUUUCUCAGAAAGGUCAUUUACAAAAGCAUAUUAGAAUACACACGGGAGAGAAGCCAUACACUUGUGAGAUAUGUGAUGCUGAUUUCUCUCAGAAAGUUGAUUUACAGAAACAUGUAAGAAUGCACACAGGAGAAAAGCCAUACAAGUGUGGCAUAUGUGAUACUGCUUUUUCUCAGAAAUGCUAUUUACAUAAACAUAAAAUAAUACACACAGGAGUGAAGCCGUAUAAGUGUGAGACGUGUGAUGCAAAUUUCUCUCGGAAAAGUAAUUUACAGACACAUAUACGAAACCACACGGAAGAGCAGCAAUACAAGUGUGAGAUAUGCGAUGCUGGUUUCUCUCGGAAAGGUGAUUUACAGAGACAUUUAAGAGUACACACAGGAGAGAAGCCAUUCAAGUGUGGGAUAUGUGAUGCUGCUUUCUCUCACAAACAUCAUUUAGAAUCACAUAUUAGAAUACACACAGGGGAGAAGCCAUACAAGUGUGAGAUAUGUGAUGCUGCUUUCUCUCAAAAAAGUCCUUUACAAACACAUAUAAGAAUACACACAGGAGAGAAGCCAUACAAGUGUGAGAUAUGUGAUGCUGCUUUCUCUCAGAAAGGUCAUUUACAGAAACAUGUAAGAAUACACACGGGAGAGAAGCCAUACAAGUGUAAGGUAUGUGAUGCUGCUUUCUCUCAGAAAGGUUCAUUACAGAGGCAUAUAAUAAUACACACAGGAGUGAAGCCGUACAAGUGACUGUGUGAUACAUGUGAUGCUGAUUUUUUUCCAGAAAUGUAAUUUACAGACACAUAUAUGAAAACACUCAUAAGAAAAGCCGGAGCACUUUGAGUCAUGUGGGGCUGAUUUCUUUAAAAAAGUGAUUUGAAAACACGUAAAAGAAUACAUCCAGAAAAGAAACUAUAAAAGUAUGAGAUAUGUGAUGUUGAAUACUCUCAGAUAAACUGUUCACAGAAACAUAAUAGAAUACCCACAGGAGAGAUGCCAUACAAGUGUGAGAUAUGUUUUGAUUUCUCGCUGAAACGUGAUUUACAAAGGCAUAUGAGAAUAAACUCAGGAAAGAAGCCAUUCAAAUGUAAAGCUGAUGGUGUUACCUAUUUGAAACAAUUUGAAAACUGAUUGUAAAGGGAUUCACUUAGAACGAGAAGCGAUGUAUAUGUGGUUCUGCUUAAACUUUAGGAAUUUUACCAUUUCGUUAUACGGUGAACUUUCAGAACAUCUGAGAUGCCCUUUGAUGUCGUUGGUGUCCUUUAAGAAUAUCUAAGAUGCUCUUAGAUGUCGUUGGUGGACGUUUAGAAUGUCUAGGAUGCACUUAGAUGUCGUUAGUGGACUUUUAGAAUAUCUAAGAUGUUCUUAGAUGACGUUGGUGUACUUUAAGGAUAUCUAGGAUGCUCUUAGAUGUCGUUGGUGUACUUUAAGAAUAUCUAAGAUGCUCUUAGAUGUCGUCGGUGUACUUUAAGGAUAUCUAGGAUGCUCUUAGAUGUCGUUAGUGGACUUUUAGAAUAUCUAAGAUGCUCUUAGAUGUCGUUGGUGUACUUUAAGAAUAUCUAAGAUGAUCUUAGAUGUCGUUGGUGUACUUUAAGAAUAUCUAAGAUGCUCUUAUAUGUCGUUGGUGUACUUUAAGGAUAUCUAGGAUGCUCUUAGAUGUCGUUAGUGGACUUUUAGAAUAUCUAAGAUGCUCUUAGAUGUCGUUGGUGUACUUUAAGAAUAUCUAAGAUGCUCUUAGAUGUCGUUGGUGUACUUUAAGAAUAUCUAAGAUGCUCUUAGAUGUCGUUGGUGUACUUUAAGAAUAUCUAGGAUGCUCUUAGAUGUCGUUGGUGUACUUUAAGAAUAUCAAGGAUGCUCUUAGAUGUCGUUGGUGGACUUUUAGAAUAUCUAAGAUGCUCUUAGAUGACGUUGGUGUUCUUUUAGAAUAUCAAGGAUGCUCUUAGAUGUCGUUGGUGUACUUUAAGAAUAUCUAGGAUGCUCUUAGAUGUCGUUGGUGGACUUUUAGAAUAUCAAGGAUGCUCUUAGAUGUCGUUGGUGUACUUUAAGAAUAUCUAGGAUGCUCUUAGAUGUCGUUGGUGUACUUUUAGAAUAUCAAGGAUGCUCUUAGAUGUCGUUGGUGUACUUUUAGAAUAUCUAGGAUGCUCUUAGAUGUCGUUGGUGGACUUUUAGAAUAUCUAGGAUGCUCUUAGAUGUCGUUGGUGGACUUUUAGAAUAUCAAGGAUGCUCUUAGAUGUCGUUGGUAGACUUUUAGAAUAUCUAGGAUGCACUUAGAUGUCGUUGGUGUACUUUUAGAAUAUCUAAGAUGCACUUAGAUGUCGUUGGUGUACUUUAAGAACGUAUUGGCCGAAUGUAUCCACGACUUUUGUGUUCAAUUCUAUUUUAGUUUGUGUUUAAUAACAUACAAUGUUAAUUAUAUAUGUGUACGCCUUUGUUUUUAAUACAUCGAACUAUUUAUAAUAAUAAUAAUGAUAAUAAUAAUAAUAAUAAUAAUAACAAUAAUUUAUUAUACCCCCACAAACGAAGUUUGAGGGGGUAUUUAGGAGUGAGCUUGUCGGUCGGUCGGUCGGUCGGUCGGUUUUCAUGGUUUCCGGACGAUGACUCAUGAAAGGCUAGACAGAUUUGAAAAUUUUUAGUACACAGGUGUAACAUCAGAAGAUACAGGUCAAGUUCGAUAUUGCGGCUGGUGGGGCCAAGGUCAAGGUCAUUGUUACUAAAAAAAAGAAAAACUGUUUCCGGACGAUAACUCAUGAAAGGCUAAACGGAUUUGAACAAUAUUUGGUACACAGGUGUAACAUCAGAAGAUACAGAUAAAGUUCGAUAUUGGGGCUGGUGGGGCCAAGGUCAAGGUCAUUGUUACUAAAAAAAGAAAAACGGUUUCCGGACGAUAACUCAUGAAAGGCUAGACGGAUUUGAACAAUAUUUGGUACAAAGGUGUAACAUCAGAAGAUACAGAUCAAGUUAGUGAGCUUGUCGGUAGGUCGGUCGGUCGGUCGGUUUUCAUGGUUUCCGGAGGAUAACUCAUGAAAGGCUAGACAGAUUUAAAAAAAAUGGUACACAGGUGUAACAUCAGAAGAUACAGGUCAAGUUCGAUAUUGCGGCUGGUGGGGCCAAGGUCAAGGUCAUUGUUACUAAAAAAAGAAAAACUGUUUCCGGACGAUAACUCAUGAAAGGCUAAACGGAUUUGAACAAUUUUUGGUACACAGGUGUAACAUCAGAAGAUACAGGUCAAGUGCGAUAGAUCCUUCAAAAACUAAAUGAGCAAAUAUUUACCUUAAACGUAAUUGACACUUGAAAAGAUGAACAAAUGAAAACAAAUCCAGCAUGCUUCAUUUGAACCAGAUGCCAGUGGAAUACCAGCAGGACUUAAGUAUGGCAUAUUUGCCACAGUAGUGCUUACUACAAAUAUUGACCUGUCAGAUGGACUUGUUAAUUCGGCUACAGGAACAGUCCCGGGAUUUAUUCCCAGGUGGAUAAGGAUGCAUUCAAGCCCAAAUAUGUACUUGUAAAUUUGAUGAUGAUCGUGUUGGAAGAAAAGCUCGUGAAUGCUCUAGAUGUCUUAUUCCAGAAUAGAUCAGCUAGAGCAUCAGCUAGUUUUUUCUUGUCAGCAGUGUAACUUCUAAAUUACUCAACAGAUUUAAAUAAACAAUACAUGCAUGAUAAAAGAAGAUGCAGUGUGCAGUAACCUUGGAGUUAUGGCCUCUUUUCAAAGGAAUGGUUUGCCAUCCCUGUGUCCAGGCGGCAUUUGGGGGUAUUCGUCACUCCUGUGACAGCUCUAGUUAUAAUAAGCAUACACACAUGUACACGUUAAACAUUCAAUUAUUUGUAUAUAUUCUUCGACAAUCAAUCGUACAUGAGAAUAUCAUGUAUAACAAUUGCUUUAGUGUCUUGAAUUUCAUAACACGUAUAAC